GAGCUCCGGCGAAGCAUUGAUGCAUCCAGCCAACCACCCCCGCCGAUUCUAAAGCGCGUAGGACCGAACCGCAAAAAGAACUGGAUCUUGUACGAAUCAGAGAACUCGAUGGAAUUUCUGAUCUGGUGGGCCAAAACGGAAUACGGACAAGUGCUAAAUAAGUCGCAUUAUACUAAAGUUUGGAGACGCUUCGACCAAGUUGCCAACAUCUUAACUGGUCGACCCAAGGUGAUUUGCAGGACUUAUUUGACUUUGCUAGACCACCCACAACAUAAGAAGCACGGGACAAACGCAAUAGGAAAACACCAGAAAUCCAAGUCUUGUCGACAGGGCCAGAAAAGAACCUACCGUCAGACACUCGCAACAAACUCCAUUCAGAAAGCUUUCCUAGGGGCUUCGUCCAAUUGCAAGAAAUUCACUACAUUACAGCUUGAAGAAAGGUUACUGAAGACGAUAGCCAUUUUACGAUUGCCUUUCCAGACUAUUGAAAAUCCCGAGUUCCAAGCCCUACUCAAUUUAGUUCACUCUGGCCCAGGAGAAUUAGAAAUUCCUUCGGCAAAGACUCUACAACGUCGCUUACGUGACUCUAUUGCAGCCCAACAAGAGAUUCAAUUACGAGACUUACCCGAAGAUACAAAAAACUAUCGUGAAAUACUUCUUGGGUUUGAGCCUCUACACGGAGCUCACAGUAGGGUCAAUCUGAACAAAGUACUUCUUCAGGUACUUAAGGACAGACGACUUCUGGAUCGGAUCUUCAGUGUGACUACAGACAAUACAACAAACAACGAGACUCUCAUCCGGGCCUUACAGGAGUCACUUCUUUCGAGCGGUGCCAUUAGUACAAGGGAAUCCAUUGUACGCAUUCCAUAUAUGGCCCAUGUGAUUCAGCUUUGCCUGAAGCAACUACUAGGCCAUAUCAGAGCCACUCCAAAGAAUAAAGAAGUAAGAAGGUUUUGGUCUGACACCCAAACUGUCUACCUAAGAGAUUCCCUAGAGCAUAGCGAUGUAGCGCAUACUCUCGCAAAGCAAAAGCUAAAAGAUUAUUACGAGAAGACCUAUCGUGACCAUAGAUUUCUCUACGGUACAGCAGCUUUACUUGCUCCUCAGUAUAAGCUUUAUACUUUUAAUGAUACAGAGUAUUCGCAGUGCAUUAGCGAGACUUCAAAAAGAUAUUGUAAAUAUCUACGAUCAUCUUUUGCACAGUAUCAACAAAGAAACCCAGAGAUGCUAUUCCGUGCUAUACAACGCCCUUCGUUACAAGCCUCAGAGUUAGAACGGCUUCUUAAACCAAUACACACAGUAGAAACAAGCGAAGGAGUCAGAUAUAACGAGGAAAAUCUCGAAGAAAAUAAGGCAAACAAGGAAACCAAAGAUAAGAAUACAGCUAUCAGCAAUAUAGACGAAAGUAAUCUAGUCGAAGAUACCGAUAUAAGCCCCACUGUUCAGAGUGUUCUGGGAUUUGAAAGCACCGCCUCACAGGAGCUUCCAUCUCACAGUCAACCGCAAGAUGUGACGAUGACGGCUAUUCGUCCAGAUCCAGAGAGCGAUGAUGAAGAUUUGUUGCCACCUCCAGUUACGCAUCUAGGAGAGAGAUAUCAAAAAAGAUCAUCAGGGAGGAUAACAGUGCCUUCAAGCCGACUUGAAGGCUAUGAGCUAUAUUAG